AAUGUGCAAUGUAAACAAUCCUUAUUUAAGAUUUAAAAUUGUUUAUUUAGGAGGUUUUUUACUUCUGGCAGAUAAAAUAUAAACAGUAAAAUUAAUCCUAUCUGUCAUAGCCGCCCUUCGAGCAAAAAAAACAUCAUCUUUAUUCAAUAACAAAAUUCCAGCUGCUUAACAUAUAAACAUUACUUAUUUAAAUAGGUACUCGAAAUAUAAUCAGUCGACCUUCAGUGCGGAUUGUUCUUAUGCAUGUUAAAUUUCAAUUCAAUAUCUUUUUAACAAAAUCUAUUCGUAAUACAAAAUUAAUCACAGCUGAUGAGAUUCAUAGCGUACCUAAUGUUGUUAGUUCCUUGAACAUUUUCAUAAAUAAAAUAAAUAGACAAACUAUAUCUAUAUGUGCAUGGGGAGUACCCAAAGAGUAUCAUACAUAAGUAUAGGGAAAGGAGUACCUACAACUACCUAUGUACCUAAAAAAAAUAUAGUUGAAGAAAGGUAGUCAUUGACAUGAACGGAAUCUUUAACCUAUUUUAAAGAUAGGUUUAUCUGUUGUAGUAGUACCUAUGUAGGUAAUAAGCAAUCAUUUGGGUUGGCCAUGAAUAGUAGGUAGGUACUUACUUACUUAAAUACUUAUGACUGUUUCAAGGUUUUUAUCCAAAAGAUUUUUGUUUUUAUUUUAAUCAUCUUAUCUAAAUUAUUAUACUCUCGUUCAUAUCGUUCAUUCAGCCAAGAGUUUGUCGACUUUAACCCCGUCGUUCAACAGUUCAUACAUAUUACUUACCUACUGAGUAGUUCAACAGUUUGUGUUGUGAACUUUUACUUCACUGAAAGUUCAACGUUGUUUUCUUUAAAUAUAUUUAAUUGGACAACAAGAAAAUGGCAUUGAAAGGCGUAAAAGUUGUCGAAAUGAUGGGGCUUGCCCCUGGUCCGCUAUGUGGCAGCUUAUUGGCGGACUUUGGAGCAAACGUAACUGUGGUGCAAAAGAUCAAUCCAAGUCCAUUUGAUGUAUUGUCUAAUGGAAAGAGAAUGUUAUCGGUGAAUCUGAAAACCCAAGAAGGAGUCAAUGUGGUAAAAAAGCUUUGUUCGAGUUCUGAUGUUCUUUUGGACACAUUUCGACCAGGGGUUAUGGAAAAGUUGGGAUUAGGUCCUGAAGCUCUUAUGAAAGAAAACCCUAGACUCAUCUACGCACGAUUAACAGGAUAUGGCCAAAACGGAUUUUACAAAAAUAAAGCUGGUCAUGAUAUCAAUUAUGUUGCAAUGUCUGGCAUACUUUCAUUACUUAGUAAAAAUAAACAACCCCCAACACCACCUCUAAAUCUUCUGAGUGAUUUUGCAGGAGGUAGUGUACUUUGUGCUAUGGGUAUAGUAUUAGCUUUGUUUGAACGAACUAAAUCGAACAAAGGGCAGAUUAUAGACACCAGUAUGACAGAAGGAGCAGCAUAUGUUGGUAAGUGGUUAUUUAAAUCACGAGACUUACCAAUUUGGUCGGGAGAACCAGGUUCGAAUGUUUUGGAUGGGGGAUAUGCAUUUUACCAGACAUACAAAACUAAAGAUGGAAAGUUUAUGGCAGUAGGAGCCCUCGAACCACAAUUCUAUUCAGAGUUAUUGAAAGGAUUGCAAUUAUCUGAAGAAGAAUUUAUUCAAGGUGACAAUAACGAAUACUGUAAGGAGAAAUUCCAAGAAGUAUUUCUGAAGAAGACUCAAGAAGAAUGGUGUAAGAUAUUUGAUCAAUUAGAUGCAUGCGUCACUCCAGUAUUAAAUAUAGAUGAAGUAAAUGAACAUAAAUUCCGGGCAUCUGAUACAUCUUUUCAUCGCGAUGAAAAUGAUAAGAUUGUACCGGAACCGGUACCCAAAUUAUCUCGUACUCCAGGUAUAUCUAGUGGUCGUAAGCCUUUACCAAUGCCGGGACAACAUACUAUUGACAUAUUACAUGAAUUAGGGUAUACUAAUGCCGAAAUCGAAAAACUUAUUGAAAAUGAUCAUAUCUAUGCAAUUAGAAAAUCGAAUUUAUAAUACAUAACAUAGGGAUGCAUUUUGGUAUUACAUGAUAUUCUAGGUAUUAUGAGAAAAUAGUCUUCAGCUCCUUUCUGACUUGUUUAAAUUCAUCUUCCUUUGAAGAUAAUAUGUUAUUCUCUAAAAAUAUUGGAUGUUGAUAAAUUAAGUUCAUUACUUUUAGUAUAUUUUUUAAAUCAAAUUUGAUAAUGCUCAUACCAAGUGAGUACUUUUUAAAAAUGUCUCGUGAAUUACCUUGCAUUUGAGCUAGUCUUUUCUUAGCUAUAUAAAGCAAAAAUGUAACAAAAGACUCAAAGUCCAUGCCAAAGUGGGAUUUUAGUAUUAAUUGACACUCGGCAGGAAAUUCUGGUGUGCCUUUGCAUUCUUCAAUUUGAUGUUCUACUACCACCAAUGAAUGUGCUAACGCUUUCCAUACAAUUUCUACAUUACAUGCAUUUAUCCAAUUAUGAUUGACUGAAAUUGUAUGUGAUUCGUUAAAUACUUGAUGAUGCCAACCAGAAGGAACAAACAAGGCAUCUCCUUUUUCUUGUAUGAUUUCAAAAUAUCUAAUAUUCUGAAGUUUCUCGGGUUCGAAUAGCAAAGGGAGAUUGCCCAGUGUAUCUUUUAAUUUUUCUUCUUCUCCUGGAGGAAACAGAAUCCAUUUUUUUCUUCCAACAACAUUUACUGACCAGCUAUAUGAACAAUAUACAUCUUCAUGUAACGGUGUCCUGAAAUAAAAUAAUUAAUUUCAAUUCAUCUGUAGUUGCACAAAUACAAUGUUUUACAGACAUUCUUAUAAAAUGACAUGUAUUGUGAUCUACUGUUGACUUUUAGCUGUGUCUAUAAUACUGUCUAUGUGCUGCUAUAGAAAUUAUUUAAUGAAAAUAUGUAAAACUUAUUUACUAGGAGUUUAAUAUUUUGGAUGGGAAUAUAAGAAUAUGUAUUGAACAUUAUUGGGGUGGGUGUAGUUGUUUAAGCUUUACAAGAUUUAUUUAUUUAGUAUAAGAAGGUGUAAUGGAUGCAAUCAGUGAUACAAAUAUUUUUUUUAAUAUCGGUAAUUAAUUGUUAGAUGAUAUUAUGUGUCUUCCAUACAAAAUGUACCUUAAUGAUACAUAGCUAACAGAAAUAAACCCUUAUUUUUUUUAAA